UCCCGGUCCCGGUAAUAGUACUUAUGAUGCGCCAUGCUUAAGCUGAAAGCCAACAAGCUGGCUGCCUAGCUAGCUGCCAUGGAAGCGUGGUUAAGCUUGUGUUUCAUAGCCCUGCCCGCGGUACUAGCCCUUUGGUUUCUCAAGCUCUCCAGCGGCGAGAGCAAGCCAGGCAAGCGGCUGCCACCUGGGCCAUGGACCCUGCCGAUCAUCGGCAGCCUCCACCACAUCGUAAGCGUCCUCCCGCACCACACGAUGACAGAGCUCUCUCGCCGGUACGGGCCGCUGAUGCUCCUUAAGCUGGGCGAGCUCCCCACGGUGGUGGUUUCCAGCGCCGAGGCAGCUGCGCUGGUGAUGAAGACGCACGACGUCGCGUUCGCAAACCGGAAGAGCAGCGUGACGCUGGACAUCGCCGCCUGCGGCGGCAACGGCAUCUUCUUCGCCCCCUACGGCGACCGGUGGCGCCGGAUGCGCAGGAUCUGCGUCACGGAGCUUCUCAGCUCCAAGUGCGUGAAGCGCAUGGAGGGCGUCAGGGCGGAGGAGGUGGGCCACCUCCUACGCUCCAUCGCAGCCUCGGACGGCGCCGUCGUCAACGUCAGCGAGAAGGUGUCGGCGCUCAGCAACUCCGUCGCGUCGCGCGCAUUUUUCGGCGGCAAGCUGGCGCAGCAGGACGUGUACCUGCGGGAGUUCCACCAAGUCAUGGAGCUGAUGGGAGGCUUCUGCCUCGUCGACCUCUUCCCGUCGUCCCGGUUGGUGCGGUGGCUGAGCAACGGCGAGCGCCGCAUGAAGAAGAGCUACGGCAGCAUCCGACGCAUCAUCGAGGACGUCAUCGAGAGGCGCAAGGCUGAGCGCCUCGCCGGUGGCGCCUGCAGCACCGAAGACGAGGGCCUGCUGGACGCGCUGCUCAGGAUGCAGGAGGAGGACUCGUUAGCAUCACCGCUAACCACAGACGCAAUAGGCACCAUCUUAUUUGACAUACUUGGAGCUGCCACGGAAACCACGGGGCUUGUUUUGGCAUGGACUAUGUCAGAGCUCAUGAAUAGUCCUGAAGCCAUGUCUAAGGCACAGCUAGAGGUUAGGGGGUUGCUAGGACAAGGUAAAGCUGUCAUUACUAAUACCCACCCCCUCGUUGAACUCCACUAUAUGCAGAUGGUCAUCAAGGAGGUUCUUAAAUUGCAUCCGCCCAGUCCUCUUGUGGCUCGUGCAGCUAGAGAAGAUUGUCAAAUUAUGGGCUAUGACAUUCUUAAAGGCACAACUGUAUACAUUAAUGUCUACGCAAUCUCCCGAGACCCUAAAUACUGGGAAAAUCCAGAAAGUUUUAAGCCAGAAAGGUUUGAAACUAAAAACAUGGAUUACAAUGGGACAUACUUUGAAUUCACUCCCUUUGGUGCUGGGCGGCGACAGUGUCCUGGGAUGAUGUUUAGCUCUGCAAUUAUGGAGAUUGUAUUGGUAAACUUUCUUUAUCACUUUGACUGGAAGCUUCCCGAUGGAGCCAGCCCUGCGCCACUGGACAUGUCCGAGAAAUUUGGGUUAACUGUGGGCAGAAAGUCUGACCUGCAACUCAAAGCCACUCCACAAGUCUGGUCUAAUGCUACGGAGAUCUAGAUUAUGUGGUGAUGCAUGUCGACAUACUUGUGCCAUGAAGCAUCACAUUGUAUCUUUAUGCAUUAGAAUAAGGGAGACACGUUGCAUAGAACAACAUCUUCUAUCAACGUGGUCAAGCAUGGAUUAUCAUAUUU